CAAGAUUGAAUUCAAAAUAAAGGACUUUUGUAUUUUAAAUACUUGAGUCGUACGUAGUAUUCUUUUUAACUUUAACAUUAAGUGACAUUGCGUAUGGUGGGAAGAACAAGUUUACUUAUAAAAGACAUGUUAAGUGCCCGGAAACUUAUUUUUAAUUUAUUGACCCAAAUAAACAAAACCAUUCAUAAGAGCAACAAUAAGCUUACCAUAAAAAUGAUAAAACGAGCUGCUGGCUUUCUCAUCUAUCGCUUGGUGUCAUCAAGAAUUGAAUAUCUUCUUCUGAAAGCAAGUUACGGAGAACUCCAUUGGACACCACCGAAAGGUCAUGUUGAUCCUGGGGAAGAUGACUACACUACAGCUCUACGUGAAACAAGAGAAGAAGCUGGCUUCACAGAGAACGAUCUUAAAAUUUAUAAAGAUUUAUCAAAAACAUUAAAUUACAAUGUCAAAGGCAAACCAAAAGUUGUCGUCUAUUGGCUAGCAGAGUUAGUGUCUGGUCGUGAUCCAACCUUGUCAGAUGAACAUACAGAUUUUAAGUUUGUCACAAAAGAACAGAUUUCAACUCUGUCGACUUAUCCAGACUUUUUAGAAAUGGUUGAUUAUUUUGAUAAUGAAAUUAAAAAAAUUCAUAAACUUUGAAAUAAAAUACCACAACAACGUGAAAAGUUAUAAUUUAAUUAAA